CAUACCUAUACAUGCAUUGGUGUUUUGCAGGAUAUGGAUCAGCAGAUUGCUGUGUGGUCUUGUUUCUGUGAGUGUUAGUAUAGUGAUGAUAAUUUCUUUUCUGAAAAGAUGGACAAGAGUCGUAUUUGCUUUGACCGGAAUAAUAUGGGGAGGACAGUUAUAUAGACAAUAUGGAAAUAAUUUGAUUUCAACCAUUACCAACCUCAAACCUCUAAAUGAUUUUGCUUCGCUUGAAACUUAUCAAAAUGAACUUGGUGGAAAAAACUUCACAAGAAAGGACCAGCCAAAAUACACCAUAAAUCUCAAUAUACCUGAAUGUGACAAAUAUCCCUUUCACCUCAAUGGAGAAGUGACUUUUAGUGAAACAUCUAAUUUAUCAUCUUGGACUGAGAUCGCAGCAAACAAUUCCAAGAUUCUUGAGGGAGGCAGAUUUUUUCCUUCAUAUUGCAAACCCAAAUACAGAGUUGCAAUCAUAGUUCCUUUUCGAAAUCGUGAAUCUCAAUUAAAAGUAUUAUUAUCUCAUAUGCAUCCUAUAUGGCAACGACAAGAAAUUGAUUACACUGUUUAUACCCUUACGCAAGCAGGAGAUGGAUUAUUCAAUAGAGCAAAAUUAAUGAAUACUGGAGUAGCUGAAGCUAAAAAAGAUGGAGAUUUUGAUUGUUAUGUGUUUCAUGAUGUUGAUAUAUUAGCGGAAAAUGACAAGUGCUUGUAUUCGUGCCAUGAAGAGAAUCCUCGACAUGUUGCUGCAUACUUGGAUGCAUUUGAUUACCAAAUCCUCACUUAUGGACUAGCGUGCACACCAUUGGCAUUUCACUCUUCCCCAAGUCAAUGUUUUGGAGGAGUAACAAUGUUAUCAAAAAGCCAAUUUGAAAAAGUUAACGGAUUUUCUAAUAUCUACUGGGGAUGGGGAGGGGAAGAUGAUGAUAUGUAUUUACGGAUAAGAAACAAAGGAUAUUCUUCAGCCAAUCCUUAUGGUGAUGAGUGUUCAUUUCGAAUGAUCAAGCAUGAUCACGAGUCAUCGAAUGCAUUUAAUCCAUCAAGACAUUCACUGUUAUUUCAUGCACCUUCUCGUAUGGACCUAGAAGGCUAUAGUUCAUUAAGGUACAAUCUUCUCUCUAUUAAAAGGGAGGCUUUAUACACAAAUAUAACUGUAAGUUUGGGACAACCUUCUUUAAAGAUGAUGAAAUUUAUGGAAAAGGAAUUCGAUAAUGGUAUAAUGUGUCAACAUAGGAUGCCAUGGAAUUUGUAGCUUCUCGAAGAUUUCAAUGCUGCCAUUCGCCAUUUUGCGGGUUCAACAAACUCAUCAAUGCAGUAACAUUUUUGGCAAUCAUACAAAUAAACAAAAACGGCAAUAGUUAAUUUUAACAUAAGCAAUAGUAUUAUUUACCUUAGCUGAGUAUGGGAUCAGGCAAUAGUUUUAUAUACAUACAUAUGGUCUUUUUGUUGUUGCAAGUAGUUUACACACUUUAACUUGUUAUGCAAAUUUUCAAUAUUUGCUUGGGAUUCUCCUACUCAUCCAAGAGAAGGGGAAUAAAACGAAUUACCCAUUUGGUGAACUAUUGUUGUUCAUUGGAUUAGUGGUCCAGAUUUGGUAUGUCAUUACAUAUAUGUAUGGAAGUUGAAAAAUGCAGAUGACCGAAAAACUUUUGUUGCAAUCGUGAUUCAUAGGGGUGGGCAAAAUCGAAUAUUUUUUUCGAAUUGAAUAAUUCGAAUAUUUUUAACGAAUACCGAAUAGUCGAAUAACCAAUAUUUUUUAUACACAACAGGAGGUCCAGAAUGUCGGUCGAUAAUCCCCUUGGAAAUUAAUAAAGACAUUGAAAAAUCGUCUACAAAGCGUUUUUUAACUGAUUAAUUUCGUCAUAGUCGCUGAUUGUUUAUGUCACCGUGGCCGUUUUUGCGGCGAUAUAUAAUCUAUAUUUCCGCCCUUCCUGUUUUUUGCAAGUAUUAAUUCUUUCCGGUCGGCGGACAUCGAAGUUUAUAUUUCGGGUUUACCCGUGUGUUCACGUCGGCAACAGCUGUUGAAAACAUCAAGGAUUGAUUUCAGAACCCAAAUUAAUAAUAUUCUAAUUUUUAUCAUUUGCGUUGACUUUCAUAUUAUUAAUCCAUUACAAUAUUAAGCGAACGAUAAUAUCAUUAUCU